CAUCACUUGAUUUAAAUAAAAGAACUGAUAGUCUUGUUCCAUUAAAACUUUCAAAUUCUGGAUUUAUGCACUUGUCUUUGCCAAAGAGUUUUGAUCCAGGGAUAAGACAAGGUGAUGGACGACCAAGCCAUGGUAAAAGGUUGAAAGAAAACCAGGGACAGCACCUGACUUGUCCACAAAACGAUGAAGGAGAUACAAGAAGCAUCAAAAGCAAACAAGCUGCCAAAAAGCAAAACAUCCUUCAACUAGCUAAAACCAUUUGGGUAAAUCUGAACUUUACUUGUAUUAUUUAUAAAUUUUCAAACCCAGAUAUAAUGCACUUGUUUCCUACCAGAAGUGUUGAGUUUAUUUCAGGAACAGAGGAAACUGAUUACAUGGGUGAGCCACACAAGGAGGUCACAAGGUGUUUAGAUGCCAAAGUAAAACAAGAAGUUACCACAAGAAACUCCUUGAUCCCAGACGACCCACCAGGUCAUGCGACCCCCAUCAGAAUGCCAGACCAAAGCAGAGGAGUAGUCAUGUCUUCCCUACUCAAAGAAGAGCCACCAGAUGUGCCAUCAAAGAUCAAACCGAUCAAAUACCAAGGUAAGGUCAUAGAAUCUCAAAAGAGGAUGAAACCUGACUUGCUCUAUCUUGGUACAGAUUAUCCUGUUUCGAGGUCGAAACAUUUUCAAGGGAUAGGGUAUGAUGCGGCCAUCAAAUCAGUAGCAGAACCAGAAGCCAACCAGUUGCACCAAACAGCUAACCCAAAGACUCAACAGGAUAUGUGUUCAAUCAAAACGGCGUAUCUCACCAACCAGGAGGACAUUGUCCAUGAAACUAAUUUUCCUGCACUCUACGCUCAAUAAGGAGUCAAUCCCAAUUGGAAUCAUCAUCAAAGAUACUCAGAACAGGAAGAUAUGAAUUUUACAAACCGGAGGUUCUCCAUCCCGUCCAUCUGCGAGUAUCCGAGUUUAGAAGUUGUUUCAAGCCCAACAAAGAAGCGUUCCGACCCAAAUCAAAGCUUGGAAUUCAAGAAGGAUAUCUUAGCUUUCCAACAAGCCAAUAAUGAGAAGAAAAGUCCACGGAAAUAUGGAGUUAUGAUCAAUUUCUCAAAACCGGACAAACCAGUUCUGCACUUGCCUUAUUUGGAAGCUGGCUGGUUCAAUCAAUUGCAAACCAGACAUUGGCGACCAGGAGAGACAUCUAACCAUUCAGGAGACCAAUCCUAACGUCCAGGAGAGUCAGAGACGUUCUUACAAUGCACCAGCAUCCAUCAGAUUAUUCAGAAUCAAACAAGACCAUACUUGCCAUUUUUGGAGUCAAAAGCCAUCAAUUCUCAACAGCUCUUUUACCAUCAAGAUUGGCACGACUUCAAUACAUAUUUCUUCAGUAAAGAAGUUCCCAAGAAGCUCACUUACAGCCUCAAACCGUCCAGAUACAAAACCAGAAUCAAAUCCCUUGAAGAAAGCCAUUGGAACCAAGAAAUUCUCCUAACGGCUAGUUUAUCGGUUUCCUUGUUUAGUUUUUGUUUCCUUUCUUUUUUGUGACCGUUUGGUCUCUGUCUGAGGUCAUGCUCUGUAUAAGCAGACCCAUUUGUAUACUUUAGAUUCACCUUUUUCAAUCCUUAAGAAAUAAUAUUCAGUUUAUCUUUUAUCAAAGAGUUUUCUUUGCUUAAAAAUCUGUUCUUUAGUUUCUAAGUGUGAGAUACAUUAGAAAGGUAUUGAGCUCGUGGUUCAUAGGUUCUUUGUGUGAUACAAGAGCCCUGAGACACAGAUUGAGAGAGUCAAUCAGCACCCACGGAUGAGAGGGUCAAUCAUCAUCUAUCCAACAUCAUCUAUUUAUCUUCCAUCAUCAAACAUCUAUCCAUAAACCAUUCCAUCCCCUUUUAUCUUUUAGUUCCUGUGAUUAUUUUCAUUAAUCGUAAACUCACUGUUUCUCUUUGUUUUCAGGUUAGUUUGGAUAGAAAGGGCUAGCAAGUCGACCAACUUCACCAUCUUCCCGUCCGAUCUCAUCCUUAUCGAUAAGAUCGACCCAUCAUUCACCCAUCUCAUCGACCCUGCUUCCCAGCCUGUAACACUGAUGGACGUCCUGUGUGUGCUGAUGGACACACACGGACACACACAGACAGCCACGGACGUCCUGUGUGUGCUGACGGACACACACGGACACACACAGACAGCCACAGACGUCCUGUGUGUACUGAACAGACAGCCCACGUGGGCCAAAAUCACCCGAACAGUCCACUGGAAGGGUCAGCGUUCUGAGUCCAAGGACUA